UUCUCAUUUCUACACUUCUCACACACAGAAUUCAACAAAAAAUCAGUCGACAUGGCGGCCUCUGCCUGUGCUUCAUCGACCAUUGCAGCUGUUGCUCUCUCAUCAACCAGAGCAACAAAGGCUUCGUUCUUAUCGGGAAGAAAACUGAGAGUAAGCAAGAAUGCUACAUCAACCGGAGUGAGAUCGGUUACUGUCUGUGCUGCAGCUGAUCCUGACAGACCAUUGUGGUUCCCUGGAAGCACCCCUCCACCGUGGCUCGAUGGCAGUCUCCCUGGAGACUUUGGCUUUGAUCCUCUUGGCCUAGCGUCUGAUCCUGAGAGCUUGAAAUGGAACCAGCAAGCAGAGCUUGUACACUGCAGAUGGGCCAUGUUAGGUGCUGCAGGGAUUUUCAUCCCCGAGUUCCUGACAAAGAUUGGCAUCCUAAACACUCCUUCAUGGUACACUGCUGGCGAACAAGAAUACUACACUGAUACCACAACACUCUUCAUCGUUGAAUUGAUUUUCAUUGGUUGGGCCGAGGGAAGACGAUGGGCAGACAUCAUCAAACCUGGGUGCGUGAACACCGACCCCAUCUUCCCCAACAACAAGCUCACAGGAACUGAUGUUGGCUACCCCGGUGGCCUCUGGUUCGACCCACUAGGAUGGGGAUCUGGAUCUCCUGAAAAAGUAAAGGAGUUGAGGACAAAGGAGAUCAAGAAUGGAAGGUUGGCCAUGUUGGCCGUGAUGGGAGCAUGGUUCCAACACAUUUACACCGGAACAGGACCUAUUGAUAACCUCUUUGCUCACCUUGCCGAUCCCGGCCAUGCCACCAUUUUUGCUGCUUUCAGCCCCAAGUGAAAGAAGCAAUGAAGUCACUUUAACGCGGAAGUAUGGGAGAAACACCAGCAACAAUCAUUUUGGACAAAGUAUUGACAGCGUGUUUUCCCAAUUGAUGUUGUAUCAUCGAGAUAUGUAUUGCCUACAUAUUUGUCUGCUGUAGAAAAAGGUUUAUGCAGUGUACAAAUACCUGAGAAAUUCUAAUCCCGUAUAUACAGUUAGGCUUAUAUAUCUGA